GCCUCACAAGUUCUUGUGUCCACGCUAGCUCGCCUUUCUUCAUGUCGUGCCCUCCCAUCGCCGGCCGCAUCACAUCGUGGCCUCAUGUGCAGCAAGCUUUGCGAACAGCGCACACCAGUCGACCUCGACACAGUCCACGGAUCAAUUCCACCAUGACUCAGCGGAGUCCUGUACCGCACUGCCCAGGCACGACCCGCAUUCCGACCACCGCAGACCCCUCUAAGACGGUCAAUAUCCAGCAUUGGGUUCGACGGGCUUGCCAUGCCUCAUCGUUUCGGGAUAUUCCCCGAUGGGCAGCGCGUCACAUAUCGCUCGCACAAAGGUGCGGAAGAUUUCGAGAAGCGCAUCGUCGAUGCUGGCAGCAUAGAUCGACCCACGCGAUUCGUCAUACUCUGCGUCUGGCAAGCUCACACCAAGCAAUAUGGGAUGUCGUUUGUAUUCAACAAGAACGUCGCAGAGUCCAUCAACUACAACUGGAACCCGAAGGCAGACACGUCGUUCUACGUCAACGGCGGAGUUGUCGGCAAAUCCAAGACACCUUCACUCUUCUGCUUCCAUCACAUGAACGCCUUCGAUGAUCCUGUCACCGCCGCGGAAUCAUUGCAUGGAGAACCACAUGCUAAUGGGCCGGGCUCGUCGUUUCCGCCUUCCAUUGCCUGCGCGCUCCUCGGCUCCUCUCCAGGUACAGGACGCCAUCGUGAACUUUACACCCCCGCAGCCGCAGAGCAUCGAGCUUCCCAUCGUGGCGCCUUCCGUGUACCACAAGCCGUAUCACUUCGCAUAUGGCAUCAGCAACUCGAUUCGAAGCUACACCAUACCUUUCCGGAUGGCAUCAUCAAGCUCGACAUGGCCUCGUCCUCAGACGGCACUCCGGGCAGCGGGUCCAAUGUCUGGCGCAAGCCCGCGCACACGCCGUCCCAGCCGAUUUUCGUCCCGCCCAGACACGGGACGAUUGAAGACGAUGGCAUACUUCUGAGCGUCACACUCGACGAGAAUGCGAUGCGGAUCAGUAUGGUUGUUCUGGACGCGAAGGAGAUGACAGAGCUUGCUCGGGCUGAGAUGAAGACCGUGUUCCCCGUCGAUUUUCAUGGAGUGCUUACGGCGCAGAAGUUAUGA